CUGAUGACAGACGAAGCUAGUGGAUCUGGAUUAAAUCGAUCUCGUCGGUAUUUCAAGCAAAACAACCCCACAUGGCUUCCUAAGAGUGGUCAGGAAGCACAGAGAGGUAGACGAGAAGAUAAUAAUGAACAGUCCGGAAACAUUGUCGAGGGUCUCCUGGAAAUUGUUAACAUGAUCACAGACAACCCAGGCCUCAAAUCUGACUUACAGGAGUAUUUCGAGAAUUCAAAAAAGGAGGGCAAGGAGGACAAAAGGAGAAUAAACAAAAAGAAAAGACGUGAGAGAGCACCAGAGAAAGAAGUUGGUAAUUUAGAUCAAAUGAUAAAAGAUUACAGACACCUAGUGGAAAAGCAACAAGCAGAGGAAGUUGAUUUGUCAAAAGAUCUCGAUGGUGAAAUGUUACCACCGAACAGCGCACUCCAAGGAUUUAAGAAGACGUUUACGAGUGUGGAUGUGGCUGAUAGUUACCAGGAAAUGCCUAUGGAACUCGACAGUGAUAACGAGGACGAGGUUGAGAAAUACAUUCCACCUCCCUCAGCUUCUGAUCCCCGUCUCACAUUACACCACUCUAAAACUCACUUGUACGGUCAAAUUAGGGAGAUGAGGGACUGCCCACAACCUUUCUAUCACUCUGCUUCAGCUCGGGACAGCUGGCAGGUCCCAACACAGACAUAUGGGUACCCAGCAUUCAGACCCAGGCCAGAUCCAGGAGCACCUUGUCUUCUCCCUCCUCCUCCCCCUCCUUUCAGAUCCCCCUUACUCAACCCUCCCCGUCCUCCUAUCGACCUAGCCUCUGUUCCUCUGCCUCCUCUACCUCCUCCUCUCCCUGCUCGACCUGCCCCUCCACCUACUGAUACCGUGCUCCUUAGCUCAAUUCCUUUACCUGAUGUUAAACCUGAACUUAUAGACUUAUCUUCUCCUGUAAAAAUGGACCCGAAAGAAAUUUACAUAGUUUCAUCAGAUUCGUCUGACGAAGGUAGUUACUGUGAAGACAGCUAUGCUGAGGACAGUGUCCAAUCUGACGGCUCUGUGACUCCAAGAGAUAAGAAAAUGACAGACAGAAAGUCACGAGAGAUCACAACUCCUGAAAAUGACGUCACAAGAGCGACCGCCGCGGACGAGGUGCCAUCUGACGAUCACAAGUCGGUUAAAUCACGAGUGUCAAGUUCAGAGAGCCUGUUCUCUGAUAAUAGCGGGUCAGAGAGUAGCAGCUCCUCUAGCAGCUCCAGCAGUGACGAAUCCACUGACACAAGAGGAUUUCCCGUAGCAACAAUCAGCGAUGAAAUAAAGAGAAGACUUGUUCCAAGUGUUGAAAAGGGGCAAGGUACCAAGGAAAAUAGAGAGGGUAGUAGUGAAGAUGAAGAUGUAAAUAACAGGUAUAACCUACUGGAUGCAUCUGAUGAAGAAAAAGUGGAGGAGGAGGACGCUGCAGUAUUGAGGUUAAAGCUUCUCGACAGCAUCCGGACGAUUAAAGUGACUCCCAAGUCAGAUCCUUUUUCUGAGACGAAUAUGAAACCGGAAGAAGAAAUAGAUACUGGGAACACGAAUGAAGGGUCUGCGGCUCUAGGAAUUGAUGGGAAAUCUGACUGUUCGGGAUCUGAAGGAGAGCCACUCGUCAAACGACAAAGCAAACGCAAGAAAUCGGCUCCCAUUUUCACAUUUCCUCAAGUAUUAGAAAUGGUAAAAACUCUUCCUGUCAUCGAUAUGAACUCGUUUAGAGAGUUUUACGAAACGAAACGGCAGCAGAAGAAAGCAAGAGCUCGAGCGAGAAGGGCUAAAAUGUUCAAUAUAUUAGAGUUGGUUAAAGAAGAGCUACACUUCGAUCCAGCCGAGGAGCGUUGGUUUAUUUACGGCCAAGUCGGGCAGCCACCUUCUGGGAUAUUUCCUUACUCAAGGAUAGCUAGAUUUAAACUUCCAUCAGCCAAGUUUGAGAACCUUCAAAACAUAACACCCUUAAGAAUGGACGAAACUCUGGACGAAUUGAAGAAGCGGCGACUCGAGAGGUUCUAUAAGUUGUCGGAGAAAGUUCAGAACAAAUCAAAUCCCAAGCCGGAUCCUCCUUCCAGUGAGAUAUCGCCCAAAGAAAUCAAAGUAACCAUCCUGAAACAUUCUUCCUUGGAGGAAGGAGAUAAAGCAGCAGUUGACAAGUUCAAAAGUACCUUUACAGAGACUCAGAAAACUAACUCUAGUGAUGCUGUUGUGGAAAGUUUCUUAUUGAAAUCUGCCAGUAGCAAACCUUCCAACAUUUCCGAGGCACAUACAGUCAAGGUCAUUCAGAGUAACGAUCAGUGUAAGUUGGUUGCUACUCAGAAUGUCCAGAAGAAUCUACCAACGAAAGAAAAAAGAGAUCCUCAUUGUAAAACAGUUCUUAAAAUUGUGAAUCUUGGAAAAGGAAGAUUGAACCGGAAAAUCAGCGAAGAUGAUUUAGAUGGGAUGAGGGAGCUUCUUCUUCAAUCCAUGAUAAAGAAAACAAAAGAAACCGAGAAGCCUCCUACCCAAUCAGACGUAAAGACUAAUUUACCGGUUGUACAAAUAAAGACAAAAGCUCUACCUUCUCCACGAAGCAGCCCUCCACCAAAAGGAGAGAAACAACCAACUCCACCUACCAGCCAAACGUCUUCAGAACCUCCCAACACCCUAACUACAUUCAAAACCACCGAUAGUAAAACUGAAGACCUUACAGAAACUUCAAACAAACCCCCGAAUCCUGCUGUACCUUCGAAGAACCAAAACAACAAAACAAUAUCUAUUAAGUCGAAGACCAAAUCUGUUCCUAAGACAGCCACGGCCACCACCUUCUCGAAACCCACCGAUCCUCUUGCCAGCAUAACACAAAAAGCGGUUACGCCACCAACCGUGAUGACGUCACCAGACGUGGUGUUAGGAGAGGGUAGUGAGAGUCUCAUGCCUCGCUCCCUCAGCACUAUCACUCCCGCGGCUGUGAAACGAAGCAACGAAAAUACCAGGAAGUUGAUUUCCCGACUUUUAGUUAAUGAGGACCUCAGGAUCCCACAGAAAGAUACCAAAUUGAACCCUGAGGCUCAGGCUGAGCGAGAAAAGCUCCUGAGACGCAUUACUCCCAAAAUUAACCCGAUUGUGAUAAAGCUAGGUGAAAGUGAAAGUGAAAGUGAAAGUGAUCAGGCUACAACCCCUGUAAAACAGAAAGUCCUGCUGUCUCCUGUCCCUCGAUCAGGUGCGGCGGGUGGAACUAAGCUAAAAAUAAACAGGCAACGGAGCACGCUCACUCUUAAGGUAGCGCAGUUAGAACAGCGACUAAUUCAGUAUACCAUGAAGAGAAAUCAGCACCAAGAAGAGCACGGGCGACAUUGUGAGCGGGUGCAAGCAUUGGAAAAACAAUUGUCACGUACCCGCGACAUUGUUGUGAAGAGUGAGGAGAUACUAAACACAAUAGACGAGCGGCGCAAUGUUUGUAUUCUUGAGCUGCGCACGCGCAGUGCUGUCCUCCAGAAUCUGGUGCUACGAUUGGAUCAUCCUGAAAAGUGGGCCGAAGUAGUUAGGAAGAAGAAAGAAGCUGCAAAACCCUCCACUUUAAGCAGUGAAGUUGAUGUCUCUUCUUCGUGUGACAGAGACGGAAGUGGUAGCAAAAGUGAGGAGAUUAUCAAUGACGCACCUAACCAACCAGAAAAAGACCAGGCUAUUCAAAAACAAGUGGAAAAUCCUAAGAAGCCUGAAGAAGAUUCAACCAUUAUUGUAAAACCUUCAGAAGAUAAACUCGAUAAUAAGGAGGGAGGGAGUGUUACAGCAGAGGGAGGGGGUGUUACAGCUGAGGGAGGGAGUGUUACAGCUGAGGGAGGGAGUGUUACAGCUGAAUUGGAGCCGGGAGAACUAGCCAGUGAUAAAUCUUCCUCUGAAGAGGACGAGAAUCCGAUUGAACAAGCGGUGAACAAGGACGGGAGUGAACCACAAGACGUCCAAUCUGCUCACUCUUCUCUUCUCUCAACAGAGUCGUUACUGGAAUAUUGCAGAUCACAACUUUCUCUUACACCUGGACCCUCACCUCCCCCUCCUGUUGUGAGACCUGUGACUGAGUUCAUUCCAAUUUGCCAUCCUUCAACUGAGCUAAGUGUGUGCUCUCACAGCAGAUAUCAGCCCUACAAGAGCCCUCUCACUGCUUUUAGAUCUUACAGGUUUAGCCCGUACUACAGAAUAAAGUGUCACUUGACUUUGAGCAGCAGUACCUUCACCAACAGCAUCAAGACUGACAUACCUCUCUGUCCUCACGACUUACACGGGAAGUGUUUCGACAAAUCCUGCAACAGGCAGCAUCUGUCGGGGGCGAUGAAAAUGAGCGGCGCUCAACUGCGGACACAGCUCUGUCUCAGUGCUGGGGUCAGUAUAGCGGAGGUUAGAAAGUUUGAGACGGCCCACAAGACCCUUAAAGAUGAGGAGAUGAAUAUCCUUUUCUGUGAUCAUCUCAACUCGCUUAGGAAUGAUAGAGGACGAGAUACAAGUUAUGUGAACACGAGACACAUACCACCGGUUCUAACUGUACAGCCUGCUGAAAGAGACCGUACCACUGUGGUGGACAGGGUAGCUGUAUACAACUCCACCCAGCCCUCCUCCUCUUCAAAAUACGAAAAGUUAUCGACCCGCUACUGCACCAGUGUAUCAGAAUUAACACUCACCCAGCAAUGUAGAUCCUCACCUAAAGUAGCUGAGAACUGGUUAGAUCUGGCCGCUUGCCAGACUUCGCGCGGCGCGGAGGUUGGGGUCGUUAUAGCUACACUUAGCAAGGCUCUUCAGGCUAACAAGAACAGCACGGCGCUGUGGACUGAAUAUCUCCGAGUGAAAUCUCUUGUUAUCUCGGUGUCUGAUCUAACUGGUCUCUACCAACAAGCCCUCAGACUCGCACCCUCUCCCCUUCUGUGGCGCAACUUUGCUCCAAAACUCAACUCACUCAAAGAGAGAAUAUCAGCUCUUGACUCUGCUUUACAGAUUUGUGAUAUGACGACAUCGGCAGACAAGAAAUAUUACGGAGAUUUGCUGAGGGACAAACUCCUACUCAUUUAUCAUGCUGGACAGGACUCCAUGGUGGAACAAUUUGAUAUCGUCUUCCAAGACCUCGGCAAAUUACUCAACCAUCAUCUGGUGUGGUUUGUGCAGCAAUAUAUCUCGUACCUACAAAAUGGUGAGGUGUUAGAGGACCCUGCCCAGAUAACAAUUCAACCCAACAACCCACCCAGUAGGGUCCAGAAGGUUCUAGAUUUAAGAGAGAAGUUGGUUUCUUCUGUCUCCGAUGACACUAAGAUUCUUCUCGUUCUACACAGAUUGUUCUCGAAGCUAUUGGCUCUCUCAACUGGCCCUGAACAAGCCAUCGAUUAUUUGUUCGAGGUGUCAGAGAAAGUUCCAGAAUUGUAUGAACUGCUUGAAGAUAUAGUAGAGCUUGGCGGUUGGGUUGAACCUGAUGUGCCCUGGCCUAAACUUGUAUACCUGCAGAUGGGUACUGCCGAAAAGAACGGACACCCAGAGCUGGCUCUGACCUUGUCACGUGGUCUUGUAACGACCUUAUCUGGCUCUUCUGCUGAGAACACCCUACAGUUAUACAGGGAAGUACUAGGACUAACGAUUGGAGCACGAGUAGUUGCACAGUACGAUAGUUUAUCACGUGGGUUACACCGUACUUGGUUACACCUGUGUUACGGUCUCACAGCUCACCUCAACCCGGUGGAUCCUGUUCUGCAGUACAAGUUAUUCUCAACUAGACUCGCUACUGUGUUCCCUUCAUCUGAACAGCUCAAUGCCCUCCGAGAUGCCAUUUCAAAUGAACCAUCAACUCAGGGUGCUCAAAUUCUAUGGAUCAGAUAUCUGGACGUUCUGGAGAAGGCAUCUGAGAAAGAUAAACAACUUAUCAGCGUACUACAAAGGGAGAUGUUACACUGUAUAAAAUCUGUCCCAACUCUCUCAAACGACAACUUUUCCUUUCACAACCAGGUGAUCUCGGCGCUGGUUUCGCACUACGCAACCCCCCAGGAGCGCUUUAGGGAAAUAUCUCACCAUCUCUUAACUUACAGGAAAAAUAAGGAACUUCUUAUGUUGUUUUACAACGAGUUGGCACAUAGCAACCCACUCUCCACUGUUCAGCUAUUUAAGGAACUCCUAAAGGACAAUCCGUCGUGUCCUAAGCUCUGGUCAAAGCUGAUGGAGUUAUCGGAGAGUUGUCAGAUAGUGACUGAAACAAGAGAAAUCGCCCGGACUGCUAUCAAUACGCUUCCUCUCAACAGUUCACUGCUCCUUCAGACCUUGGUGUUCGAGUUGAGAAACUGUUCUGACGCGGAGGAUCAGCGGAACCUGACCGAGUGGGCGCUUAAACGAGCAAAAGAGCGGGGGAUCGCGUUCAAAGCGUCAUGUAGCGAAGGAAACAACUUACUACCUAGCGCCUGAGUAAGGUAAAUAAAAAUUGGACAGUGAUCAAAUUGAAGCUAUUUUCUGAGUUUUAAUAAAAUCAGGAUCUAAGUACACAGAUUUUAUGACGAUUGAAAAGAUAUACAAAUUUCUCGCAAUUUAACAAUAUCAGACAGAAUUCUAAUGCAUAUUCAAUAAUGAUAGUUAUACAGUAUACACUGAUGGUUCGAAAUAAGUAACUACAUUUGUUUUCUAUGCAUGCGUUUCUUCAUUUUCUUGGUUGAUUAAAACUAAAGAUGAAUUCCGAAUCUCGAAAUGUUUGGGUUUCAAGUAUUGAUAUUAUGUUUUUUAAAUUACAAUUGGCGAACAAUUUUUAUUAUAUUUUUAAAAAUUUCUUCCAUUUUGUUAAUUGUGAAAAUUGUUUGAUUGGUGUUUUUGUGCUAAUAAUGAAUGAUUAUAUUAGCAAGAUAUUAAUCUAAUGUCGAUGUAUGAUAAUCUAUACUCAUCAUUCAUUUUAACCAUUACAAAU